CAGAGCGCUGCUGGUGAGACAGCAGAAGGAGGAGAGCGGGAGAGGAGGAGGACGCACAGCACAACACAGGCACACCGAAACAAAGUUCUCCUGUGGCAAGUUUAAGUGUGGUUACAGCAGAUGUCUGACUGUUACUGCGCAUUUAAUGGAAGUUUUGGAUCAUAAAAAGAAAAAGGAGAAACAUCCCAAAGGAACCAGUGGACCUAUGGAGCCUGGUGUGGCUGGAGCGCUUUAGUGCAGUGGAGCCAAUGAGAUAUCCAGUCAUGAUUUGGGUCGUAUUUUUACCAGUUUUGGUUUCUUGCGCUUUUGGGAACAGGACCGUGGAUCAGGUGCCAUUCUUUCACGGGCAUGUGUUUGAGAACUCAUCUCCGGGCUCCCGGGUCAACGGACUGAGCGUCCCAUUAAAACGGCUCAACUCACAGAGGCUGUGUGGUUCCGAGGAACCGGGCUCAACGGCGGCGCACUUUAAACUCCUGGGAGAUGGAAGCGAGAAUUUCCGCGUCUUUGCGCACCAUAAACGGGGACAUAUUUUAUUGAAGACUUCAGGGGUUUUGGACCGGGAGGAGCGGGCUGAGUACGCACUGGAUCUUGGUUUGUGUUGCGGACAAUGCGUGGGGUUCUCACAUGAAGAGGAGGGGGACUCGCCGGUAGUCGCUGAAGUGGCGUCCAUCAAGGUGGAUGUCCUGGACACCAACGACCACCAGCCCACCUUCCCCGGUGCCGAUGUGAAACUGAGCCUGGAUGAUGCCACUGCGCUCCGCACAGCAGUUUACACGGUCACUGCGCGGGACGAUGACAGCGGCAAGAACGCGGAGCUCAUCUACUUUGUCUUACCGAAAAACGGGAGUUUUUAUGCUGUGCCCAAAACCGGUGAUAUCCUCCUGGUGGACUCUAUCCUCGGUCUGGAUGAGCCGAUUAAGUUUAAAGUGUUUGCGAGAGACCGCGGGUGGCCACCUCGCACCAGCCAGAGCAUUUCCGUGGAGGUCAGCCCACGGCAGUGGCCGGUGGCACCGACACCGGCCACCGGGAAGCGGAAUCCUAAACCGCAAAAUAAAGUACCGGCAAGAAAGUCCAGGUCACUGCUGGAAUCGGACAGCCCUGUUUUCAUCAACGUUUCUGAGGAUGCGGGAAUCGGUUCCGUGGUGAUGAACCUGAACCCGGUGAGGUUUCAGUCCGCCACGUUUGAGCUGGUGGAGCCCGACGUGGAGAGCUCUCCGGUCAGCGUGAGCCGGGACACCGGGGAUAUAAUCAUAUUACGGAGACUGGACCGAGAGACCGAGCCUCUGGUGGAGAUAACUGUCAAAGUUCAGGAUAAAAGAGGUUCAGAGUGGUACCUGGUCAGGGUGGAGAUGACUGUGACCGACGUCAAUGACAAUGUCCCCGAGUGGAGCAUGGUUCCUGCCCCUUACCUCGCUGUGGUUUCCCCUGAUGCCCCAGCAGGCUCGUUGGUCUACAAGCUCCACGCUCAGGAUGGUGAUGAAGGCAACAAUGGUGAAGUGGAGUACUUUCUGUCCGAUGGUGGUGAUGGGCGUUUUGAAGUGGACAAGAAGAGUGGUCAGGUGCGGACUACGGGCCUCCCUCUGCAGCACGACAGGGAGUACCUGCUGACAGUAGUGGCCGCCGACCGGCUGGGCAGUCGUAGCGCUCCCGCCGUCGUCUCGGUGGUGGCUGGAGCCCGACCGCCACAGUUCACCAACGCAUCCUUCACCAUCGCCAUACCGGAAAACACACCCGAAGGGCAGACAUUUCUGGUGACACCUGCUGUGUCCUUCCAGAAGAAACCUAUCGCUUAUAACCUCCUCAUCAAUCCCAGCAGCCUGUUCUCCAUCUCCUCUGAGACUGGGGAGAUCAGCCUGACCCGCCCUAUUGACUAUGAGAGCGACCAGCAUCGCUACUUGCUGUUGGUGCGAGCCAGUGAGGGUCUGGACAGCAUGAGCAGUGCAGCAGAGGUACGAGUGGUUAUUGUGGAUGAAAACGACUGUGUCCCAGAGUUCCUCCAGUCCAUUUACAGCAAGGACGGUGUGCCAGAAACCGUCACAACAGCAACUUCUUUGCUUCAAGUGUCGGCCAGUGACUGCGACUCAGAAGAGAAUGCAGAGCUGACCUAUUACACCCUGAGUCCGGACUUCACCAUAUCUCCUCACGGGACCAUCUUCCCCGCGGGUCCUCUGGACUUUGAGCGAUCCAACCAUCUGUAUGAGUUUGUGGUGAUGGCCAUCGACAAGGGGGAUGUACCCCGCACCGGCACGACCACAGUACGGAUCCGCAUGGCUAACGUCAAUGAUGAAGCCCCUGAGUUUUCCCAGCACAUAUAUCGGACAUUCGUCUCAGAAGAUGCAGGCCCAAACACACUUGUGGCUACAGUACUGGCCAAAGACCCUGAUGGAGACGGGAUCACAUACAGGAUCACAACGGGAAAUGAGGAGGGGAACUUUGUUAUUGACAGCCAGAAAGGUCUGAUCCGUCUCCGCUCAAGUCCACCACCUCGCCUCCAGGGUGUUGAAUAUGUCCUCAACAUCACGGCAACGGAUGACAACGCCUCAGGCGGACCACAGGCCUUGUCAUCUACAGCCCAGGUCAUAGUAGGAGUGGAUGACGUGAAUAACAACAAGCCUGUGUUUGAGAAGUGUCAGCAGUACAGAGAAAGCACAUCAGUCUUGGAGAACCAACCAGCAGGAACGUUUGUUUUGCAAGUUCAUGCUGUGGACGCUGACGAGGGCUCCAAUGGCAGGGUCACGUACGGCUUCAUGCACAAGGACUCAACUGUACCGGCAUUCAGCAUACAUCCAGACACCGGAGUAAUUGUGACUGCCAGAAAAUUUGACCGUGAGCGCCAGCGGGAGUACGCGGUGACAGUGACGGCCACCGACCAGGCAGCUGACCCCCUGAUUGGCAUCUGUCAACUCAACAUCCUGAUCCUGGACCAGAACGACAACAGUCCGAAGUUUGAGAACAUCCGAUAUGAGUACUUCCUUCGAGAGGACACCAUGAUUGGGACGAGUUUCUUGCGCGUGGCGGCUCAUGAUGACGACUUCGGCACCAACGCUGCGAUCACUUACUCCAUGUCCAACGAACAGCCGGAGUACCUCAGAGUCAACCCCCUGACCGGUUGGGUAUAUGUCAACCAACCCAUCUCUCAGAGGACCUAUAUCACUAGGGAAAUUGUCGCCACAGACGGAGGGAACAGGAGCAGCUCAGUGGAACUCGCCGUCACCAUCACUAACGUUAAGAACCAGCCUCCACAUUGGGAAAAGGACAGCUACAGCGUGGUCAUACCAGAGAACACUGUCCGAGACACACCUAUCGUGACCAUCAAAGCCACUUCCCCACUGGGGGAUCCGAGGGUGACGUACAACCUGGAGGAUGGGAUGGUACCAGAGACCAACAUGCCCGUUCGCUUCUAUUUGACCCCCAACCGGGAGGACGGCUCUGCCUCCAUCCUGGUUGCCGAACCCCUGGACUACGAGACCACCAGGAACUUCAUGCUGCGAGUUCGGGCUCAGAAUGUCGCUGCCGUCCCAUUGGCUGCAUUCACCACAGUCUAUGUCAAUGUCACAGAUGUAAAUGACAACGUCCCCUUCUUCACGUCCUCCAUUUACGAGGCGUCAGUCACUGAGGGGGCAGAAUCAGGGACUCUGGUUUUCCAGGUCUCAGCCAAUGACCUAGACUUGGGCCUCAAUGGAAAGAUUUCAUACUCCCUGUUGGAGGAUCGCAGUGGGGACCACCAGUAUUUCCGCGUAGAUCCGGAGUUGGGAUAUAUCUACACACAAACUGUAUUUGACCGUGAGACCAAAAGCUCGUACCUGUUGGAAGUCCAGUCUGUGGAUGGGUGGGAGUCAGCUCGACCAGGCAAACAUGGACAGCCCAACUCUGAUACGGCGUAUGUUCGCAUAUUCAUCAGCGAUGUGAACGAUAAUAAGCCGGCGUUUGCACAGUCAUCCUAUGAAGUCGACGUGGAUGAAGACGCAGACGUGGGCUUCGCCAUCCUCACCGUCAGUGCCAACGACGGGGAUGAAGGUGGGAAUGCAAAGCUGCGCUACCAGAUCACAUCAGGGAACACAGGAGGGGUGUUUGAUGUGGAACCAGAGGUGGGCACAAUCUUUAUCGCACAGCCUCUGGACUAUGAACAGAACAAACGGUACAAGCUCCAUCUCCUGGCUUCAGAUGGGAAAUGGGAGGAUUACACAACAGUGACAGUAAACGUGGUUAACAAGAAUGAUGAGGCUCCGGUGUUUACUGUUAAUGAGUACUACGGCAGUGUAACAGAGGAACUCGAUGGCUCGCCAGUGUUUGUUUUACAGGUAACAGCAACUGACCCAGACAAAGAUGCUGACCAGGAGGCUCUGCGUUACUCUCUUCAUGGCCAGGGUGCUGAGAGUGAAUUCAUAAUAGAUGAGGUCACAGGGAAGAUCUACGCCCAACGGACGCUAGACCGCGAGGAGCGUGCAGUGUGGCGUUUCGUUGUUCUGGCCACAGACGAGGGUGGCGAAGGUCUGACGGGCUUCACAGACGUCAUCAUCAAUGUGUGGGACAUCAAUGACAAUGCCCCCAUCUUCACCUGCGCUCCCAGUUGCCACGGAGACGUUGCCGAGAACUCUGUGGCAGGGACGUCCGUGAUGGAGAUGACAGCCACCGACCUGGACGACUCAGCUGUGGGACAGAAUGCUGUGCUCUCGUACAGGAUUGUGGGUAGUUUGGACGCCAGUAACGUCGAGGUGGGAGGAUUGCCCACGUUCUCGGAAAUGUUCACUAUCAACCCCACCACAGGGACCAUCUCUGUUGCCAUGAGCGGCCUGGAUCGAGAGCAGGUGGAGUCCUAUCUCCUGGUUGUGGAGGCCAGAGAUGGCGGAGGGAUGACGGGAACUGGGACCGCUACAAUCAAAAUUAAAGAUGUCAACGACCAUGCUCCGAGAUUCACCGAUCAUUCAUGUUUGGCAAAGAUCUCUGAGAAUGCAGAACCCAAUGCUGAGGUCCUGGAACUCGCUGCUGAGGACAGAGACACCGGCGAGAAUGCUCAGUUGACCUUCAGUGUUGUGGCCGGAGACCAGGAGCAGAAGUUCUACAUGGUCAGUCACAAGCAGGAGCAGCGCGGCACACUGAGGCUUAAAAAACGCCUGGACUACGAACGGCACAGCGAGCAGAGGUUCAACCUCACACUCAAGGUUGAAGACUUGGAUUUCUCCAGCCUUCUGCACUGUGUGGUAGAGGUGGAGGACUAUAACGACCACGCUCCCGUCUUCAUUCCACACCUCCUGUCUCUUGCCCCGCUGCCUGAGGACAUCUCUGUGGGAACCAGCGUGGCCCGACUGGUCGCCAGUGACUCCGAUUCAGGCCAGAACCGCGAUAUCACAUACAGCCUGUCAGAGGAGUCAGAUCCUGAAGGGCUGUUCACCAUCGACCAGUCCGGCAUACUCUCUGUGGCUCAGCCUCUGGAUCGUGAGAGGAUAGCUCAACAUCACCUGGUUGUCAUAGCUACCGAUCACGGUGUCCCUUCUCUCACUGGGAGUGCCACGGUGCAGCUGCCUCUGCUGGACGUGAACGAUAACGGGCCAGAGUUUGAGGCAACGUACUCACCGAUCGUGUUUGAGAAUGUGGUCGGACCACAGGUAGUAAGGUUGAACCAAACGUCAACUCUUAUCCGAGCCGUGGACCAGGAUUCCCCAGAGAACGGCCCACCCUUCCACUUCUCAGUCCCUCUGGAGUAUCGCCAUAGCAACGAUUUCUACCUCCAGGACAACCUAAAUGGCACGGCGACCCUGACGGCAUUGAGGACAUUUGACCGUGAGCGACAAAAAGAGUUUCUCAUUCCUAUUAUCAUGAGUGAUAGCGGGCGUCCGGCCAAAACUGUGACCAGCACCCUGACGGUGACCAUUGGCGACCAAAACGACCACGCACACACGGCGGGAGAGAAGAAAAUUUUCAUCAACAGUCACAGAGGCCGAAUGCCGACCACGGUGCUCGGAAAGGUCUACUCUCCAGACCCCGAUGACUGGGACAACAAGACAUAUGUCUUUGAAGGACAUGUACCGAGUUACUUCAUCCUGAACAAGCGAACAGGCUUCCUGAUCAUCAAGGAGAAUGCCCCACCUGGCACCUAUCAGUUCCAGGUCCGUGUAUCUGAUGGAGUGUGGCCAGACGCCGUCUCCACUGUUACCGUGCAUGUGAGAGAGCUGCGAGACGAGGCCAUCUACAACUCAGGGUCUCUCCGCCUGGCAGACAUCACUGCAAAGGAGUUCAUUGAACUGAGAGGGAAGCAGCGGAGCCGUUAUGAGCUGCUAGUGGACUUCCUGUCUGAGAUGCUCUCCGUGCCGCCUGAUGAUGUCAACAUCUUCAGCCUAAUUGAUGUGAAGGAGCGAAUGCUAGAUGUUCGCUUUGCUGUACAUGGUCCUCCAUCUUUCCUCAGGCCUGAGAAAAUGCACGGUUAUCUUGCUGCCCACAAACAAAAGCUGCAGUCGUUCCUGCAGAUCAACGUGUUCCAGGUCCGCGUGAACGAGUGUCCCAGCUCAGAAUGCGCCGGCGCCGGAGGCUGCACCAACGUGUUGAACGUGCGGGACACGCCCACCGUGGUGGACUGUGGGACUAUGAGUCUGGUUUCUGUGACAGUGGAAUCCACAGCUGUGUGCUCCUGUCCAGGAAGAGAGCUGUCCCAUCAGCCCUGCGCAGCGUAUCCCAGAAACCCCUGCUUCAAUGGUGGCGUGUGUGUGGACACUCAACAUGGCUACAGGUGCCAAUGCCCGGCUCAGUAUGAGGGGCCCGAGUGCCAGCAGAACAAGCACAGUUUCCAUGGCAACGGCUAUGCCUGGUUUCCUCCCAUGAUGCCUUGUUUCGAAAGCCACGUGUCGCUGGAGUUCAUCACGGACGUGGCCGAUGGACUGUUGCUGUACAGCGGCCCCUUGGCCCAGCUGCAGAUCUGGGACCAUGAGGACUUCAUGGCCAUAGAGCUAAUAGAUGGGACCCCCACCUUGAAAAUCAACCAUGGCUCCGGCACAGUGGUGCUACAGUUGCCUGGCAACGUGAACGUGGCAGACAGGCGUUGGCAUCGGCUGGACGUCCGCAGCAACAGCAAGGAAGUGCGCUUCACCCUGGAUCGCUGUGCAGGGGCGGCGGUGAUGGAGAUGGAGGGGCUGGGAAGCUGGUUGACCACAGAAGACCACUCCUCCUGUGAAGUGACAGGCACUACACCCAACACUGACAGACACCUCAACAUGACUCAGGUACUCCAGCUCGGUGGUGUAAAUGAGGACAUCCCUUACAUUUAUCCUCAGCUUCAACAUAAACACUUCACCGGCUGCAUUCGCAACCUCAUCGUUGACAGCAAGCUGUAUGAUUUGGGCUCUCCGGCUGACUCCCAGUCCAGUUCUCCGGGCUGCCUGACCACAGAUAGCAGCUGUGUCAACAUGGGGUAUCCGUCAUGUGGCCACCGUGGUCGGUGUCACGGCGAGUGGGGCUCCUUCAGCUGCCAGUGUGUACCGGGCUACACAGGACACCAGUGUGAAGAGGAGGUCCCAGAGUUUUCCUUUGACGGACACAGUCUUGUGCACUACCAGUUGGCGUCCCUCCUGCCUCCCCGUCGGACCUUUGUCCAGGUGUUGGUUCGGACUCGUAAACACAGCAGCACAAUCCUCAGUCUGACUUCAAAGGAGCAGAAUGAAUACAUACGACUGGAGAUCUUCCAGGGCUUCCUCUGUGUCUUCUACAACCUUGGCGAUGGAGACCACAACUUAACGCUGCCAACCUAUCGUCUUGACAACGGCGAAUGGCACGAGGUCUUUCUAGAUCGUCAUGACAAUGAGAUGACACUGCGCCUGGAUGGCGGUGGAGGGCAGCGGGAGGUCACCGGGUUGCGGGGCCGGAGUCGGGAGAUUAUCAUCGACCCCAGCAUGGUGAUGCUGGGAAAUACUUUUCCCUCUGGACUCAACAAAAGCUUUCAAGGCUGCAUGAGGGACCUACGCUUAAAUGGACGCUACAUUCCACUGGACGGUCAGCCACGAGAUGGGGUUUCCCAGGUCAGCAUGCAGGGCCUCACCCAGGGAUGCUCAUCUGACUCAUGCAAAAGGAACCAGUGCAGCCCUCCCUUCACCUGUGUUGACUUAUGGAGAGUCCACGAAUGCAGAUGUCCACCUGGUCACAUGAUCCGUGUAAAUGGGACAAGGAAGUCCUGCGUGUACACCCUGUGUGCCACGCGGCCUUGUCACAGGGGGACCUGUGUGGCCCAGUCGCCCUCCAAGUUCACGUGUCACUGCCCGGAGGGUUACAGGGGACGCCACUGUGAGACCACACUCGCCAUCUACAGGGAGGACGUUGGCCUGAGCUUCAGUUCUCUCUUCGCCAUCUGUAUCUGCUUCAUGGCCUUGUUAGUGCUGCUGUUGGGUAUUUUCCUUUACACUCGCUGGAGGAGCUACAAAGGGCUGAAGGAAGGCGUUUAUCACGUCUCAGCCCACCACGACGGCUGGGAGGACAUCCGAGAGAACGUCCUCAACUAUGACGAGGAGGGAGGAGGGGAGGAAGACCAGAAUGCCUAUGACAUGGCCGAGCUGCAGAAGUCCCUCCAGCCGAGCCCGGCCCAGUCGGUCCAGUACUGCCGCUCCAGAGCUCUGCACCACCCGCCGCCUACCCACCACCACCACCACCACCUCCUCCACCAGGCAUCCCCGGCCCCACCCUCCGUGCAGCCGCUGGACCCACUCAGCCGAACUGCCAGCUCCACCACCCUCCCACCGUCGGCUGCUUCCUCCACCUCCACUGCCACAACCACGACCAGCCACCGCAGAGACGUCCCCCCCACCAGACUGCCUGCCCAAGGCCAGGCCCGGCCCUCCCAGCUGGCUCGCCGCUCCCUCUCCUUCUCCAGUCAGGACCUGGCCCGCUACUUGUGCGAGAUCAUCCGCGACGCCGACCAACAUCCUGACACGGGACCUUUCGACUCCUUGCAAGUGUUCUCCACCGAGGGAGGGGGCUCGCCCGCCGGUUCCCUCAGCUCCUUCAGCUCAGCAGGGCUGGACGGAGGGAGCAGUGCAGAUGGGGGAGGAGGGGGAGGGGAGGGCAGGAGGGAGGAGACGCUCGGGGAGUGGGGGCCUCGAUUCGAGAAGCUGCGGGCGUUGUACGAACGAGCCGAGGCCAGCGACCUCUGAGCUCAGCACACAGAAAAUCCUGACUGAUUGGACCCUGAUACCGGGGCGACCCAAAACAAUCAAUUAGCAGAUGCUUAGCGGCAAACGAGGCAGGAAAAUGGCGACACACUGACUGACAGAGACUCGCUCUGUGCGUGUUCGUCUCACAACCCUCGUUCGUUGACAACUGACACAAAAGGUUUUGUAUUUUCUGGAUGGUGAGCCCUGUCAGUCAACACCGUGGCCUACACACAGAUCAAAGUGUCCCUGUGAAAAGAGUGCACCACUCUGCGCUCUCUCUACCUUGGAUGACAAUUUUGUUGGAGCAGGUGUUAUCGAACCUGCCAGUCAGGUUAAAGGCUUCAGAACAUUACACUCUACCUGGGCUACUCAUCAUGAUGGAGCUUAGCUUCACUGUCAAAAAUAUCAGUUCCGGUCACAGCCACCAAAACGCUAAAUUUCCUCUCUUUUCUAACAUCCAUUGGAAGCUGUGAAAACAUGUCAGCUGAAGGCCUAAAAUGUCCUGGCUAGGAUUUUUUUUUAUUACCAAGCAAGUCAAUGCCAACUGAAUCUAUAUUUUGCCCCUUGCAGCUGAAUUAGUUAUUGUAAAUAAAUAUCUAACAUACAGAGGUAAGGCUGUGAGGAUGAGUGGAAUCAUUCUGAGUAGCCCAUGAACCAGAGCCCUGAAUUUUCACUAUAUAGUGGACACAUAGUGUUCUCGCUGCCUGGCUGUACACAGCUUCUGUCAAUGUUUGUAAGAGAAAAAAAGUGCUUUGACCACCACUGGGUUGCAGGGUGAGGUUUUACUUUAUUUUAUUCUUUUUUUUUUUUGUAAUGUGUCCUUUGCUGGGUUGAGUAAUUCUGUAUUGGUUGGGUGUUUCCGCGCUCCGUGGGUUGUAAGACAUCAAGCUUUCUACUUACUACUGCGCCCUCGUCUUCAUUUGAUUUCCUAUUCUCAUUCGCGCUCCUUCGCAGCUCGUUCCUCCCCACCCGAGGGAGGGUGCACAAAAAUUCAAACAGCUUUGUAACAAAGAAAUGGGAGCGGACGUGUGGACUGCAGGAGGGAGGAAAUACUUGCUCUGUUGCUCUGUUCCACGUAUGCUCUUCCUCAGGCAUACCAAAUGCAGCGUCUGAGAGAGUCAAUUUUAACAGACAAUUGCAUGGUGGAAUACAAACUAUGUCAAACGGCUUUCCAAGGUGACUACUCAAUAAAUACAAACGAAGAAGGAGGAGGAGGGUGCAAGGAAGGAGAUUUUUAAUGAUUACACAAAUUCAUAUUGUGAGCUGUGCCAUAGGCAUUUCACACUCACAUUUAUCUAUUGUCCCCUGCUAAAUUACCACAUACUCUAGGUUGAAACGGUGUGAGUGUUCUGCUAAAAGGGACUGAUGGAAAAUUGCAGGGAAAUAAUAACUCUGCAGUUAUUAUCCAAACUGUGAAUUGUCAGCACAGUGGCAAGCCAUGCUCUUGUUUAGUUUGUUUGUCACAUAAGUUGAUCUUACUCCUUUUUUCUCAUUUCAAAAAGGAAAAAAAAAGAGAAAGGAAUCAAAAAAAAAACAACAAGUCUGAAUAGGGCCUGUUCUUUUCUCCAUUGGUAUGAGAGAUGAUUACAGGGUGGAAAGUCAAAUCAAAGAGCAAAUAAGAAAGGGGAGAUAGAGAGGAACCAUCUUAACAAGUGCCUGGCUCUGUGGUAAAUUAUGCCACCACUCCACCAUGGAGCCCAUGGAGAAGGGUGCAAUGCUGGUUUUGUGCAGAUUUUUUUUUUUUUUUUUUUUGGCUCAGCAGAUGGCAUAAAUACAAACUCUACAAUGGCCCCAAAAAAGCUGGCCUGGCUACUCCUGGCAUUUUAGGCACUGUAUUCUGCUGGAAGUAGCAGCGUCGCUCUCAUCUUGCUCUUUUUAUUCUGUUUCGUCUUAGAGCUGGCAAAGCCGAGUCUGUCGGCAGAGAGCAGUUAAAGGGUAGGAGUGUGUGAAAACACGUCAGGGCACUAAUCCUAAUAGGACCUGAUGGCUUGCUGUCAUGCUGGAGAAAACCAAAGGAUUGCGGGUACUUUCAGAAAAAAAAGUCGACACAGGAGUCGAUUCCCAGAUUGCAGCUUUUCAGAAACGGGCCUUUUUUAAAAAAAAAAAAAAAAAAAAGCAGAGGCAGCAACGUGGCUUUUUAAAGUAAGAGAUUUAGCGGUCAGGUGAGGGUAGAUCAUGCUGUGGGAUGGUGCCAGAAAGUAAGAGACACAAGUAUAUUUAUUUUUUUCUUAAAUAGACCAUGGGUAUUUCCUAGAAAGGAAUGGUUUAUUUUCCUGUUUCUUUUUUUUUCUAAAUUCCUCUGUAGAAAGGGGAUGAGCCUGAGCCAAGCAGAGUUGUGGAGUAUGAAGACAUGUGAUGCUUUACUUUUCUGCAGCUGUCAGGAGCAGCGACUCACUUCCCACUACCAUUCAUUUGUACCAUAAAAAAAGCUUCUUAAAUGUUGUGUUAUGGGUGCAGACAUGUUGUGAACAAAGUUAAUGUUUUUACCUCAUUUGUAAAUACAGAGAUAGAUUAAUUACAAUUAUUAUGCUUUUUGUCAAGAAAAGCACCAUAGGUCACAAUGUGCAGCUUCUGAGAAAAAAAAUCAAACAUAUCUUUUUUACCAUCAUGAUGGUGAUGAGCUUUGGACAGUUAUGUGUUUUGUAUUUGCUUUGAUCUUUUUUUCUCAAUAAAUUCAUUUAUUUGCACCAGUGAA